AAUCUCAUUUUGUACUCCUAUUCCAUAAUUUAAUUCAAGCAUUUCGUGGAAAACAACAAAAGUUCGCAGAUUUAUAUUCAGAUGAAACUUCCAAGAAAUUUCCCAUUAACGACGUCUUAUAAAAUAUGUGGUUGUUUCAUGACUAUAUUAUAUGACAUCAUCUGUGAACCUCUUAAUUACGCCACUGUCGGUUUCUUGUUGAAUACUUGAAUCCUUUGACUUCCAGUAAACAUAAAUGAAUUUUAUACAGUUUGAAGACGCAUAAAUUGAGCAACUCUUCUCUCCAACUCUCUUUGAUGCAGUAGCAGAUGAUGAAUGCCAUAUUUACUAAAUUUUUCCGGAUAGAAUUGUUCUGGCGUGAUUUACGAUGUGAUGGAGGAAGAAUUGAUACAAGGGUUGAAACUGUUGUUAAUAAUCAAUCUGAACUGGGAACUGGUCAUAUACAACAAGAAAAUAAACGCAGGAGAUUAGUACAACCAUCUUUGUGUUUUAAUUCAGAGUGUGUAGAUAGGAUAAUUAGCUGGUUAGAUAAUGAUGAAGUUGACACUAUUGGUGUUUAUGGGAUGUGUGGUGUUGGAAAGACCACUCUGGCAACGCAGCUCGAAACUCGGCUUCUAAACCAUGAUAUCCGUUUUAGUGCUAGUCAUGAUGUUGCUGGGGUUUCUGUGGGGGUGAAUUGCAGUGUAUAUAAAUUGCAGCAGGAUAUCGCGGGUGCUUUUGGGAUCGAUCUUCAAGGCGAUGAGGAUAAGAUUAGAAGAGCCUCUAUGAUAGAGGCGUUUUUGUCUCGUCGUGAUAAGUGUGUACUCAUUCUUGAUGAUUUGUGGGGUGAUUUUCGUCGAAAAGAUGUAGGCAUUCCUAAGGAGUGCAAGCUAGUUUUGAUUUCUCAGUCGUUGGAUGUUUGUCGUGUCCUUGGUUGUGAAAAGGUGCUCAAGGUUGAGCCUCUUUCGGAAGGAAAGACUUGGAAGUUGUUUAACCAUAGUAUAGGGGGUGGUGUUUUGAAUAAUGAAGAUGUGUGUCGUAUUCGGAAGCUUGUGUAUGAUAAGUGUGCUGGUCUCCCUCUUGCUAUCGUUGAAUUAGCCAAGAGAUUGAGAAAGAUGGUUGAUGAUAAUGGUUUUAGUUGGAGGGAAGUCCUUGAGGGUACGAAUCCCUUUUCUUCGAGAUCAAUGCACUUGGAAGAUACAUUCAGUCACUUGAAGUUGUCUUAUGAAAGGCUGAGCGACAUCAAACUCCAGCAGUGUUUCUUGUAUUCUGCGAUAUACCCCAAAGGCCAUGCUAUUAGUAGAGAAGAGCUAAUUCGUGUUUGGAUUGGAGAGAAGUUGAUAGAUGAUAUAUCAUCAUUGCUAGCACAGUAUGACAAGGGCCACUCAAUAUUGAAUAAGCUUAUCAACUCUUGUUUAUUGGAAGCAUGUGAAGAUUAUAAAGGCUGUAUAAAGAUCCAUGAAGUUGUGAGGCAUAUGGCUCUCUCAAUAGCUGGAGAUAGUUUUAUGAUAGAAGCUGGCGUACCUUCAAAAUUUGAGUUCCGGGAAAAUGUUCGUGUAGUUUCCUUGAUCAAUUCUUUAAUUUCACCGAUCCCAUCAGGUGCUUCCUCAAAGUAUCAUACUCUUUCUACCUUACUUUUGCAACACAACCCCCUUGAACUGAUUCCAGAAUCAUUAUUCUUGCAAAUGCGUGCCCUUAGAGUUCUGAAUCUGUCUGAUACUCGCCUCAUUAGACUUCCUAGUUCCAUUGGUGCCUUGGAGGAGCUUCGAGUCUUAGAUCUUAGCUUUUGUCAGAACUUGAAGCAAGUGGCAGCCUUAUCAAAGCUUCUCAAGUUACAGUUUCUAAAUCUCUCUCAGACGACAAUCGAAAAAGUUCCUUGCUCUCUUGAAAAGUUAAAAAGACUCACAGAGCUCAACCUAUCCUCUAUUCCUGAACCAACAAAAAUCCCUAGUGUAGUAUUGCUUGCCCUAUGUAGACUCAAGAAAUUAACAUGCCAUGUUAUAGGCACUAUUCAUGAGCUGCAGAGAAUGAACUCGCUAGAAAUUCUUGAUGCCAGGUUUUUUAGCCUCUGUGACUUGAGUGCUUAUGUAAGGUCUCAGCAUUGGUGCAUACUAGAGAGCUACAGUUUACAGCUUGGUUGCGAGGUGCAAGCUGAGCAACCGUACAUCAGAAGAGUAUCACUGCAGGGUUUUUCCUUGACUGGUCAAGAACAGUACAUUGUGCUUCCAAGUAACAUCCAGGAAUUAUAUGUCGAUAAUUGCAGAGGCUUCCGUAGGCUAUCUGAUGUCAUGUAUCCUGUUGCAUAUCAACAUAAAAGUUGCCAGAACUAUGAAGUUUUUUUAAGCCUCGAAAUAUGUGUGAUCAGUAGGUGCCCUGACGUUGAGACAUUGUUUGCAGCGAAUUGGGUAGAGAAUCUCCAAUCCCUUGAGUUAUUGCAAGUUGAAGAUUGUGGACAACUGAAGGAAGUAAUAACAGAAGAAUUUGUAGAACGGGGUGUCUAUCCUGAAGGAAUUUCUGCUCCUAUCAAUCUCCUCCAGAUUAGGCAGCUAAUUUUCACUCGGUUGCCUCAGAUGGAAAGCAUCUAUAAGGGUCAAUUAGUUUGUGCUUCGCUUCUGUCAUGUACAUUUCUGGACUGUCCGAAACUGACGCGCCUUCCCUUCUCCUGCAUGGGUAAUGGAGAAGAAACAUUUCCCUGGCGUCUGGAAUGGAUUGAAGGAGAAAAGAAGUGGUGGGAGAUGUUAGAAUGGGACCAACCGGGAUCUGAGGCUUUGUUCAAACCUCUGUUUAGAUGCAAGUCUUUGGAUGAUCAUUGACUUGGCCAUCUUUUUGUGUUGGAGCUUGCUAGCUGAGACAUAAUUCCAUCAAAUGGUUUGGAACACUUCUCUUUUCCUUUCCUCCCCCACCCCUUUUGCUUGUUUGAAAAUAAACUUUUAGCUGGCUCUAAGUUUCAACAGGGGCGGUAAAAGAUUUAAAAAUGGAAAACAAAAAGAAACCCAUCGUUUUCGGGGAAGUGCUAGCCUCUAAUAAGAUAGAUCCCCAAUAUUUCCCAUGUUGGAAUCUAUCGUACAUCAUUACACCCAAAAGAGGAAGCAAAUAUUUUCAGUUGUUACUCAAAACCCUUUCAAUUAUUGUAGUCGAAUUCAUAAAAAAUUAAAAGUUUCACAGUAUGAUCGGAAGAGUUUUUGAGGACUGACAUGUCUUAUAGAUCCCAUGUUAAUCUAUAAGGAGAGGUUUAUAAACCCUUCAUUGUUCCCUCCAAUGGAAAAAUUGAGCCUUUUAUAAGAUAAAUAACUCAAGAAGCCUUUGUGAUUGAGGCUUUGAGAUAUACAGUAAGUUAUUUGGAGGUAAACAAGAAUCCAAAGUGAACCAAAAGUAUUGCUGCAUUUGUUUACGUAUAUCUGGGUGUACCAGUACCACCUAUGUUGUGGAUGUAGAUACUAAACACCUACUAAUAAUACAGUAGUUUCCGAGUGUUUUUCUUUUCUAUAUUAUUACUUAAAAGUUGGGUUGAACUCCUUUUUAAAAUAUUCUAUGUAAUUUUUCAUGUAAUGUGUAAUAUUUCAUGUAAUGUGUAAUUUUCGUUUGAGCAUUCUUCUGCCUUUAAAUAAACUCCUUAAAAUGAAGUUGGACCUUUGAUUUAUGUUUUUAUAUAGGAAUAAGACCAUUAUGAUAUGAUCAAUAGGCUUUAUGA